AAAACCUUAGAGAAUGGUUAAUUGCUAAUAAACUUAGCCUUAAUGUAGCCAAGACCGAAUUCAUGUUAAUUGGUUCAAAACAAAAGAUCCCUAAUUCUCUUCCGAAUAUUGUCAUUGAAAAUAAACAAAUUAAACAAGUUUAUGAAUGCAAAACUCUUGGAAUAACAGUUGACCAGCAUUUAUCUUGGAAAAGUAAUACAGAAAAUAUUUGCAAAAAAAUAACAGCAGGAAUCUCUGCCAUCCGUCGAGUCAAACCUUUUGUUGACAAAGAAACACUUAUUUCCAUAUAUAACGCUAUUGUUCGCCCAUACUUCGAUUACUGCUGUGAAGUAUUGGAUGUGUUUGGCGAAACACAAUCAAAACGACUUCAAAAACUUCAAAACAGAGCUGCUAGAAUUAUCCUGAAUAUGAGCAAUGACGUAAAUCAUUCUAUUGCUUUGUGUGAACUGGGUUGGGAACCACUCAAAAUAUUAAGGAAGAAAGCUAAAGCAAAAAUGAUGUACAAAGUAUUAAAUAAAAUGGGUCCCAAAUCACUCACAAAUCUAUUAUCUUAUAAAUGUGAGAAAACAAACUUGAACUGGUCUUUGUUUACCAAAACCUCGUUCUAAUAACAUGAAAAAUAGUUUCAUGUACAACGGAGCUAAACUUUGGAAUUCUAUUCCAAAAGAAAUUAGGGAAAGCAAAUCACUUUCUUCCUUUCGAAAUAAAAUCGCUGCUCACGUUUAUGAAUAAGUUUUGUAAAUAAUGUGCCUGUAAAUAGUCUGCCAACUUUGUCAUUAGACAUUAAUAUGUUACUAUUUUAAUACUCAUUAAUAUGUUAUUCUAUAUCUCUUAAAACUUUUGUAAAUAGCUCUAACUAUCACUUUCCUGUACAUGUAAAAAUCUUAUUCAAUUUUUUGGCACACGCCCCUCGUGGAAAUCAGCUUCGGUUGACGGGAUCAGCGUGUAUAAAUAAAAGUUCUAUCUAAAAUCAUCAAGAUAGUGACUCUGAUUGAUUGAUUGAUUGAUUGAUUGAUUGAUUGAUUUACGUAUUGUAUUGACAAAUGACUGUUGACAUUGCUUUUCAGUCUCCAAUAUUUCAGUGGGUCAUGCUUUGGAAAUGACAAUAAAUUUUUAUUACCCAACCCUUGAGUUGUUUUGUUUUUUAUUUACCCAACCUUUUACUUACUCAAAAUUUUGUUUACCCAACCUUUUUCUCUUCGGCACCACCCCCCGCCAUAAAUAAUAACCGCUCCCUAAUAGCAUCAUAUAAUGGUAAAAAUGCGUAACUUUAAGAUCAUUUUAGUUAUGCAUGCGGGACAACGGGGACAGAAGCAGAAUGCGUAACUUAAAUCACGCGAAAUGCGGGAACCUUGGCAGGUCUGGAUAGGUUUCUAUAGCUGCAGUUAGUAUGUAGUUAGUAUGUUAGGGCUGUUUAUAUUUAGGCCUUAUUUCAUGCAAGCGAGUAUGGAUUAUAACAAUUUUGCUUUGGUCUUACAAAUGUCUGACUAGUCUGAUCAACUGUGCAAUUGCUCGGGCAUCGGGGCAUUGGUUAAUAAUGGCAGACCAGCUUUUCAAUAUUUACAGCCAAUUAAAAAGCUAUCAAUUUGAUUGAUAUCUUUUGCUGAUCAUCUCCCGCAUGAUCAUUCGCAUUACUUAACUCUUCAGUUGGUAAACAAUAAUCCAUCCAACUGAAUAGUUCUCGAUUCCAUGCAUCUUGUUUUGGAAUUUUCUGCAUGUCUGGUACAAUAAACUUAUGAUGUGAUUUUUUUGUGUUCCUUUUGUAGAUUUUACGCUUUGUGAACAGUACUAAAUUUAAUAUAAUUAAAUGAAAACUGUCUAUUGUAUUUGUACGGUCAGCGAUGACCUCCCACGCACAAUGAAACAAAGCCAUGCCCCUACAAUUUUUGAUGAAAUUUAGACUUCGCUAAUGCUUUCCUCGCCCCGGGCUUAUACGCCCAGAAUGCUUUUGGCUCAGGGAAAAAUUGAAAUUAAUUGCAAUAGGUAAAGUUUGUUGCAAGCUCGCCGAAUUAUAUCACAAAAUCUUUUGUUGUUCCCAAAUUAUUCUACCUUUAAACGAGAAAUGAUCUGCAUUGGGUUUCCUGCUGUUCACUAAGCAUUUACCAUCUUUUGAGAAUGAUCAUGACAUUGACAUCACUAUUGUUAACUCAUUGAGUGGCAGCACUCUAUAACGCUGACGAGUAAAAUUGCCUGGCGUUAGACAGAGUAAAAUAAAGUAGGACGCAUCUCGGCGCAUUGCCACUUAAAGGGUUUUAACAGGGUGCAUUGGGCAGAUAGUCUGAUUAAUCCAUUGAGUCACGCAGUACUGAAGACUCCCCCCUGACGAGUAAAAUCGUCUGGAGUAAAGUAAUAAAGUAGGGUGCAUCUUGGUGCAUUGCCUUUUAAAGCAUUAACUAGCAUUCUGAUUGGAUCUCUAAAAGAAAUUCCUAGAAACAAGCUUAAAAGGUGGAGGGAAUGCAUGUUUGUUUGAACAUCCACAUGCCCAUGUUUCACCCACAUGAACGUCCAUGCAUGUCCAGCUUCAAAAUUUGCCAGCCACCUGGCAGUUCCUCUUGAAUGAAACAGGCUGGAUGGCAACCUUUUGGGGGUAAAAAUAACCCUAUAUACAAUAUAUAUAUAUAAUAUAUAAUGGGUGCCUCCAAUAGUAAUUUCCAGGGCUGUUCUUGCUGAGAGGCAGCGCUCGAUCUCCCCUCUGUUGUGCGUUAACAGAGUAAAAUAAUAAAGUAGGGCACAUCGGUUAACAGGAUGCAUCAUUUAAUAGGGUAAUUGCUAGAUAGUAUAUUUCAAAAUAAGGUUUCCGUUUUUAUAACGUAGAAAAAAACCAUCCUAACGCAAAACUAAACCCUAACCCCAAUACUAACCCUAACCCCAACCCUAACCUAACCUCAACCCUAACCUAACCCCAACCCUAACCUAACCCUAACUUAUUUUAAAAAAUGAUAUAAAAACGGAAACCUUAUUUUGAAGUAUACUAUCUAGCAAUUUCCCAUUUAAUAGGCCUUAUGUAUAAUGACGUCACAAGGCUUGAUGCCCGCGAGGAAUGCUCGUCUUAGCAGUCAUUUCUCGGGAAAAUUAAACAAUUCAAAAUGGCCACUAUCGAACUUUUUCCCUGGCGAUAACUACCAAGACCAGCAUUCCUCGCGGGAAACAAGCCUUGUGCCGUCAUUAUGCAUAAGGUUUAUUACUGUAAUUGGCAGAUACAGUAGUCUGAUUAACCCUUUGAGUGCCAGCUCACUCUUCCUAGCUUGAGGAAUAAAAUCAUCUAGCAUUAGACAGGGUAAAAUAAUAGAGUAUAUAGGGCGCAUCACGGUGCAUUGCCACUUUCAAAAAAUGUAAUUAAGUCGAAAUAUUAUGAACACGGUACCCCCUUACUUUUUAACCAUACAGUAUUUCAAAUUAUUGUUUGACUUGUGAAGAAAUAAGGCCUGAACGGCAUUGUCCCGACACUGUAUCCACACUGCAAAGAGCGCAGUCGAGUUGAUCACCAUUAAUAUUAAUGCAUAUAUGUUGUAGUUGGUGGAAUAUAUACUGUGAUUCGAUCAAAAGCUCCCGUCACUGUGGAAGAACUGAAGAAUCAAUAUUGUUUGAUUGGACCUUAUAAAGAACAUAAUGUGAAUAUGGAAGUUGAAGUAUGUGAACCACAGAGUAAUGCUAUCAAAGAAUCAAUGGCUGAGUUGCAGAAAGAAGGAAUUAAGGUUUGGAUUAUAACAAUUUUGUUGGGGUACUGACAAAUGUCUGAUCAACUGUGCGCUUGAUUUUGGCUAAUCAUUGGCUUGCCAGCUACUGUAUUCCAUAUUUACAUUGAUCGCUCAGGCAGAUGAGUUCCUGUAUGACCAAUCACCUUAAGGCUAAUUUCCACCCCGGAAAAUAAGCAGGGGAUCGGACCGGAUCGAAGGUUUUUCCGAUCCGGUCCGAUCCAACAAGCGAUUUCCAGUAAAAGAACAAGUGGAAUGAUUGGAUCGCAAAAGGGAAAAAAUGGAGCUCGUUCCAGUCUCACAUUCUCCAUUUUGUAAAUUUUAUACAGGUAUUUAAUUAUUUUAAUUUAUGUGAGAUAAUACGGUAUUUUGAUUGGUCGCCAGGUUUAAUCUGCGGACCGGCCAGCAACAUCGUCGGAUCAAUCGGAACCAAAAAUUUCUACUGAUGGAGCAUGCGCGGAUUUUGUUUUGUUCUUACCCGGUCCGAUCCGCUGUUUAUUUUCCGGAGUGGAAAUUAGCCUUAACAGUACUUAAUGUUUGGUAGCCCAAGUAUCGGACCAGGGCCGUCGCUAGAUGCGGUGUGGGGUGUGACACCCCUCCUGAAAACAUCUUGUCGGCAAAAUAACGGAUUUAUCGGCAAAUUGUUUUUGUGUCAGCGAAAAUAUUUGAGUGGCUCUGAUUAAAAAGUAAUUAAUAGUUAUAGCAAAUAUUUUGAUAAAUUUACGGAAAAUAUUACCGAAAAAUCUAACAAAUGACGGUACAUUCGUUGAGCUUAGCCUCUUCGCUACGGCUCUGAGGGCUCACAGUUUGUUGUUUAAACUAGAACGAUCUGUGUUAGUGUAUAGGUAGUGACAAAAACACCAGAAAAUGGAGACGGAUAAGGAUUCAACAACCAGAAAAAUACAAGUAUAACGUCGACGUUUUGAUGUCUUUGCAAUAUGGCGACGAAUAGUCUCAUGCAGCGUCAUGUCCAAAACACUCAUCAAUGAACUGUACUUGCACCAUUCAUAUCUGCUGCAUAAAACCUAAACUCAAAACUCAAACUGUUAUAACCUUUUAUGUGUCGGUGUAGUGUACUCAGGUGAAUAUGAUGCUUGUGAUGUUACUCUGAGUGUAUAUCCACACCGGGCAAGCUUGAAAAAUAUGCCUGUCCACGGUGGGAAUCGAACCUUUGGUAUGUUAUUAGUAUUCCAAAGGUCGUAGGUUCGAUUCCCACCGUGGACUGGCAUAUUUUUCAAGCUUGCCCGGUGUGGAUAUACACUCAGAGUAACAUCACAAGCAUCAUGAUAUACACCUGACGUUGUUGAAAACUGUAUCGGGCCAACUACAAUGUCUAUGUUAUUUUUCAGGUGGUUUUCGGCAGAUGGCUGAUUGAUGGUUAUCCGCAAGUAUGUUAGAGCUUGUUUAUGUGUCAAAAAAUUAUGUUGGUGUCCACACUACAACGAAAAUGAUAAAAUUAUCGUUUGACAGUAACGAUUUUAAAAUCGCUCACCCGAGCGAUAUUUUUUUUCAGUCGAACGAUAACGAUAAAUUUUGAUAAAGCAGGGACUGCGAGUGUUUUAAAUGGCUUAAAAAACGACGCAUCUGCUGAGUUCAUUGACGAAGUAAUUUUAAAAAUCAACGUUGUCUAAGCCGAGAAAAUCAAAGCUAAAGUUUAUGUAAAUGAAGAUGAUUUUUUAUCACAUAUAAAACCACCGACACGGUAGUGAUUUCCUUUGUCUUUUCCUCAUGAAUUAUUAAUGAGUUUUUAAAAUUAAGCUCAUUUAUUAUUUAACAAUUAUUCGCCGAAGGCGAGGUGAUUAUUGGGGAAUAUUCGCCGAGACGAAGUCGAGGUGAAUAUUCCCCGAUAAUCACCGAGCCCGAGGCGAAUAAAAGUCUUUUGUGUUUUUUUUUGGGACUGAAUUUAUUUUAAUUUCGCUUAUAUCUUUAUCAGUAACUUCCACAAAACGGCUAGCCGCCAUGUUGAAAAUUUCGGUUUUGUUAUAUUCACCUGUAAUACGCCAAAUUUGACCAAUCAACUUGUAAGAUUAUAUUCACUUGUGCAAAAAUGCUAAAUAGUUCUAUUCAAUCGUGUUAAUUACUGCAGUAUAAAAUGGAUGGAGUUCUUGUGCGUGAAAAAGAAAUGUGUCACUAAAAAAGUCUAGAUUUUGAUAAGAAAAAUUACUUCAAACGGAGAUUGAAAAUUUACCGUUGACUAUUAUCUUAAUCAAAAUACUCAAUGGUUCCCGCACUAUCAUAGGUAUUGUUGUUGGAUAUUGCAUCCGGUGCUAAAAAUAUGAAUAUUUGGAAACAGGAGCUUUGGGACAAAUGUAAUAUUGGUGUGCCACAUCUUGAUAGUGAGGCCAAUGAUUCAGUUAUAUUUGGAUAUCUUGUAUGUUGGUUCAUUACCGAGGUUAGUGUCAUUGUUUGUACUGCUUGUUUAUCCAAUUAACAAAUAGAUAAAAUUUGCCGUUGUCUGUUCAGUUAUGGCGAGUGGGCCACUUUUUCAAUCUUCCCACAUUAUGAUGCCCUACUCAUGUGUAUCUAUAAUUGAACAGACAACGGCAAAAUCUUAUCUAUUUGUUUUAUAUAAUAAAAAGAAAAAAACCCGAAUUAAACAUGUAAAUACUUUGUUUGCGAUGUUACUCUGAGUGCAUAUCCACACCGGGCGAGCUUGAAAAAUAUGCCCGGCCACGGUGGGAUUUGAAAAAGUCGAAACUUUACAAAUACUAUACGCGUAGAUGAUCUGUACAAGUGAGGGAAUGCUAUUGGAUAAGGUUUUGUGUGACGUAAUUCCGUGCGUCUGUUCUCUAAUAGAUCAUUGAUAUUGACCAAUGAAAGCGCUCGAAUUCUUAACAUUAUAUAUUAUAAUAUAAGUGGGAUAUAACAGACAAUUUGAUUGGUUAAUGCGCGUGCAUUGUGACGCAAUAUUGCACUGUGUCCCGGGGCACUGCCUUGCUCUUUCUGGUUUUUCCCUCUUCAUCACGGCUUUUUGGCCAAAAUUAUAAACAAAACUAUAGAGCUUUUAAAAUACAAAUAGACCAAAGGAACUAAGCAAUAUUAUCUAUAGUUCUAUACGACGUGUAAAAACUGUAUAAAUAUUAACCGGCUUGGCAUUUGUCGAAUUUAUUUUUGUUUCGAAAAGAAAAAAAGCGUGCAAAAUAGUCGAGAAAAAGCUUGGAUAAGAUACAGAAAUACUAAAAACAUAGAAAAAGGCAAUGAAAACUGAGUAUAAGUGAUUUAGAAAGUACCUUCAAUGUUACUGAUAAAAACUGCUAGAUAUAUUUUCGGCGAAAGACAAAAAAUACAAUAAUUUCAAAAAUUAAAACUGAGCAACACGACGAAACCUACAAUUUAACGUCAUUCAUGGCAAAUCCGGCAGCCAAAAUGCUGAAACAUUACCAAACCAGUCUGUGUAUGAUGAUGUAUCACUGGGAGGUUUCUCCCCAGUAUUUUAAACAGUUUCUCCACAACUUUAGCAUAAAAACUUUCUCAAAAUUUUGUAUUAUUUUAAUUUGCUUCUUCGCUCGCUUGAAAAUUCAAGCGACAGUAAAAGCAUGCGCGUGACGUCACCGACUACAUGUUACUGAGGAGAAUUUCAAACUUGAUUUUUGAGUAAAAUUGUUUACCAUGUAAUGUCUUCUACUUAUAUUAUAAAAGAAAUAGAAAAACUCGUCUCGUGCGUUUAUGGUGUGAUAAUGCACUCGGGGAAUGUUGGGAGAAUACGAGAGAAGCGUGUAAAUCACACGAGGCGUAGCCGAGUGUUUUACACGAUUCUCGAGUCGCGACUCGUUUUCUAUUUCUUAAAUAAGGUUCAGAUUUUUUAUGUACAGUAUACAGCUAAUUAGUCGCUGGGCAGAGCCCGCAGCGACUCUAGGUUUCGGCACGCAUUUGUGUCGGAUCUUGGAUCGUUAGCCACAAAAUGACAAUUACGUCAUUAAUAAAAAAUAAAAAUUACGUCAUUACUAUUCGUCGCUGAAUUCAAGAUGGCCGCUUACUACGAGCGAAUGGUAUCAUCGAUUUUGUACAUAUUUGUUUUAUUUUUCCGAUGAACCUUAAAAGUUUUCCGAUGAAACAGACUUUAUAAAGCGAAAGUCAUUUUAUGUGAGUAAACUUGGAAGGCUACAAGCUUGAAAUAGAGGACAAAAGUUCACAAUUUUCAAUUUUACAAAGUUGCUACAAGCUUGAAAUAGAGGACAAAAGUUCACAAUUUUCAAUUUUACAAAGUUGGAACGGGGGUCCCAACGGGCCGCAACCUUUGUAAAUCGCAACAAUAAUAUUCGCAAACUGCUGUUUAUUUGGGUGCUUUUUUUACGGCUGUUGAUGCAAAUAAUCCUGUUACGGAUAGGUGGUCAAAAGAACAUGGUGUAGCCUAACAAGACCGAAAUACAACCACAGUGAUCAUCAUUCAUCACUACUUGUGUGAAAUUUAAACUUUGCCGCUAGGUGUCAGGCUUUUAAAUCUGUAAUAUUUCAGUCAGUUUAUGAUCAAUGUAUUGUGUUUCUAACGCCGAACGGGAAAAUGUUGGAGCCACAGUAAUAGACUCUUUCAAGGUCAAAAUGCCAUAAUGAAACACAAAGUGUAAGGGCUGCAAACACAAUGGAAAUUCCUACUAGUAAAUUUGCAAGGUUGUAUAAACACAAUGGUGAAAACAAUGUAUUGAAAUUAAGUAGGGGGGGGGGGGGCAAUUCUACUCAGUGGGUUAUUAAAAGUAACUAGCAUAUCAGGCUCUAUGCUUGAAAUAAAGCCUGCUACUGAGGUCAGUAAAAAGGAUUGAUGCACAUGAUUCGUAUGCAAAAUUCCCAUUGGUCAGAAAUAAAUAGCUUUGUUUUAAAGGUAAUGCCAAAUUGUUGUUUACGUAAUGAUAUUCCGCACUUGUAAUUGUACUUUAACUACUUUUGGUCAUGUUAAUGACUGCCUUUGCUGCAGUCAGUAACAGUUAUUAUUAUUAUUAUUUAAUAUGUAAUUCCUGGCCAUUCGAUGGAAAUUGGAAUAUUUAGUUUUGAGAUAUUGGUGGAAAAGUUGGCCAUUAUUGUCAUAUUUUAAAUUAGCUUUGAUAAUCUAAUGUAUCAAUUAAUUCCAGCAGUUUUCACCCCUGGGCCUUUGCAGCUUUUCCUAAUCACGGGGGUGGGGCAAUUGCCGAUAUUUUUAGCAAUGGGGUGAGGAUUUUGACAUUUUCCAUCAUGGGGAUUUGGUAGAUUUGCUGGAAAACUGAUAUUUAAUUUGAUUGCAAAUGGCUUGUGGACAUAGCCAUUUUCUUCCCAGAAAUGGCUAAUUCCUCGGGGGGAUGGGCACUGUUGGAAUUGACUGAUACGUAAUUAACAAUCGCCAUUUUGAUUGGUUGUUAUUUUUGUGCAUCCCAAUCACUGUCCACUAUUUAUUGACUUCAGUAACAGGCUUACCCUGCGAGCAAAGUCCUCUUGUAUUUCUUCUCAGCACGAGAGAGACUCUGCAGAACUUGUGUAUAUUCUUUGUGGAGCCGACAAUCCAAAAACGUGGAUAAUUAUGAGUAAUUUCAGGUUUGAUACCAGUUUUAUAACCGAUUUUGAUCUGAACAAGCAACGGCUAAUUAUGAGUAAUUUCAGGUUUGAUACCAGUUUUAUAACCGGUUUUGAUCUGAACCGGAAACUACUUAUAAAAGUUCGCGCAUGCUCAAAUGAAUUUAUACACAAGUUCUGCAGAAUCUCCCUCGCUUCUCCGUGCCGUGCUGAGAAGAAAUACGAGAGGACUUUGCUCACAGGGUAUAACAGGCUCUAUUUCAAGCAUCAAGCCUGACACGCAAGCUACCUUCAAAGGGCCUAUUUGGCAACUUCUGUUGUGGUUACCCAGCUUGAGGCAAAAGUAAUAAAUUAUGAAUUGUUAUAAAUGUUCUGUGAAGUGCACAUAUUUUUCCUGCAGUUAGGGACCAGUCCUUAUUUAUGGAAGAGGGAUGGGGAGGUAAAAGGUGGGGCCAUGACCCCAUGAGUAUAAAUAAUUUACUAGAAGGGGGCAUUAAUUUUUUUGAGAAAACCAGUUGAAGGGUCAAAAUGUGGAGUUGCAAUAAAUUUGUUUAAUUAAGCCUGGUUUCCAGUGUCCUCGAAGUUGGCCUAAGCCAGAUGAAUCCAAUAAAUUAUAUCAACCUCGUACCCAGGGCUUCUGCGCUUAUACACUGCUCUCAGAAGAGAGAGCAAUAAGCACAGAAGCCCUGCGCAGACCUUAUUUUAAUAGCCCCAGCGACUAAACGCUCAACAGAGCGUCUUGUUCAAAAAAGGUUGUCCUUUGCAUACCUUCAACUCUAAACCUUAAACUUUAACUCUAAGCGUGCAAAGCAUUGAUGGGAACAUCAUUUAAAUGGGGUCCGUUUCUUAGAGGCAUGGUUAAAUAUCUCCUUACGAGAACAAUUCAUUCACAUAUAGCUGCGAUGUUCAACUAGUAAGCUUGAAACUUUUGCUCCCAUUAAGCUUUGCGCGCUUAGAGUUUAAGGUUUAGAGUUUAAGGUUUCCAAAGGACAACUUUUUUUGAAUUGGCUGUAUACGUGAAUAUUGGUCUAGUAUGAAUAUUGUUCUGGUAUAGUAUAGUACCAAGAAAGAUGGACAUUGAAUCAGGGAUGGAUCCAGCAUGAUCUGGUAGGGGGGUGUUCUGCAAAAAAAAAAUUUUCGGAGAGCAACAACCCCCCCUCCCCCCGUCGACAACUUUUUAGGGAAAAAAAUUUUCCGGACGAGUACGUUGCAAUUGCUUUCCAGUGACUUUACACGUCCAUCAACUUACUUCACUACUGCAAAGUCUUGCUUGACUACCGAGUAUUUGGAUUGUAAUUGUUGUUCACAGUUCGCUUAUAAUCAUGUUAUUACUCAAAUUACUGAAUCUCAUUUGGUCUCUGAUAAUUUUUUGCUUUAUCAUGAAAAAUUGCACCCCCCCUUGCACCCCCCCUGGCCAGGGCUAGGGGGGAUGCGCCCCUUCCCCCUCCAUCAACUUACUUCACUACUGCAAAGUAUUCCUUGACUACCGAGUAUUUGAAUUCCAUCCCUGCAUUGAAUGCUGAAUUAAAAUAUUUUGUUUUCAGUUUAAAAAACGAGAACCAUUACCAGUCAUUGCUCAUUUCCACGAGUGGUUGUCAGGUGUUGGUUUAAUGGCGUUAAGAACAAGGCAUAUUGAUGUGACUACGAUAUUUACAACUCAUGCUACGUUACUAGGGAGACAUCUUUGUGCAGCCAAUGCUGAUUUUUAUAAUAAUCUUGCUAAUGUGAGUAUCUGAACCUGUUUUAAAUUGUAUCGUGCAAAAUUGUUGCACAAAUAGUUACUCAAUCCUUUUCCGGCUGAUAAUUUCAGCAAAUAUAGAAUAAAAGUUAUUCCGAAUGAGGGGUGCAUAAUAAUAACACACAAUUUACAAAAACUGUUUUUAUUCGGAAUAAGUUUAUUCUAUAGUUACUGAAUGUAGCCGUUAGUGAAUAACUUGCAAUUUUCCUUCCAUUAUCAAGCAGGGCCCCGUUAUUCGAAUCCAGAUUAUCUUAUAACGUAAAACGUAAAGAAAACAUUCUGACAACUUGUUUAUAAGCUUGGAGAUAAUUUUGAGAAAUCUUGUUUGGAUCAAUAGGUAUUUUUUUCUCUUGAUGACAUAAACGGACGAGCAUAUACAUACGCACCGAAGCCAGCGGAUUAAAUUUUUAACCCUGGGUUUACGUUCAUCGAUAUCGUGCUUUCAACAACCGGCCAGGGCAGGAAAAAAUAAUUUUCUUCCUGGGAGAACAAGCUGGAGACAGAAAAUUCCUGCAGACCAACGGAGUAUUUUUGUGCUAAAUCUGCAUGUGCAUAAACAUUAUAGUGCUCUAGCUGACCAUGGUUUUAAAUUCAAGGAAUAAUGUCUGUCAAUACGAAUUUCCUGCAGCUGUUUAACAUUUUCUGCGAGUAGUGCUCGCCUGUUUUUUUCCGGUUCACCGGCCUUCAACAAUAUAAAUUUAAAUAAUCACUUUUGCUUGAAAAUCCUUCGCCAGUGAAGCAAGUUUAUUUUGCUACUUUUAUUGCACGGUUUUCUCCGUUGUUUUCUCUCGUUAUAAACUCUUUCUCAACCUGUUUAGAGAGAACAGUUCAGAACGAACAGAGUUAUCCAGUUUUUUAAGAAAGUUAUAGUUUUGUUUAUAGUGCACAUUGUUUUUUGUUUAACAUUUCUAACAUCAGAUUUUUUCUUUUAUCUAUUCUUCCAAUGAUGUCUUAAUCACCGAAGUUCAAUAUAGAUAAGGUAAGAGUUAUCUGGAAAUUUGCUUUGAGCAAGAAAAUAACUUGAUUAAAAAAAUCAGAAACUUUUAAAUUUGCGAUCACCUUCUUGUAAACCUAUAGAAAGCUGCCUCAUCUUAAUUGAACAUGCCUAGAUUGUCCAUACUGAUGUGCAGUGAAUAUUAAUGAAUCGAAUAAUUUAUACAGUUCCAAAAACAAUAUUAGGUGACUCAAACAUAAUUAAGUACAUUUACAUUUUCUGCCUUAUUUGUUACAAAUAAGUCAAAGUAAAGCAAAACAUAAAAAAAUUCUUGAUUGUACCUGCGAUGCAAUGUUCAGCGACAUGUUUAAUUUCCGGUUGUGUUUAAAGCAAUCUUUCUCAAAUCGUACGCACUCACCAACCACGAUGGUGAAACGAGGAUAAGAGUUGAUGAGAGUUCUAACACUCGCUCGCGUUUGACCGCUAACUCUCAUUCACUCUCAUCAACUCUCAUCAAUACACCCUUUCGAUAAUUACGUCACAACUACACUGUUUUCAACUUAGGACCACCUUAAAUGGAAAGAAUUUCAAGGUUUUUUCUUAUGAGCUAUGUAGAGAGAAGCAGAACAUCCAAUAAAUGUGGAAAUAAGCUUUUACCUGAAAACGAGGCUUCGUUUUCGUGUUAAUGCUUAUUUCCAUAUUUAUUGAUCAAAAUCCAAAAUUUUUUUCGCGCAUGUGUUGAAGAAGGAUGUUCUGCUUCUCUGUGUAUAGCCCGUGAGAAAAAAGUUGAAAUCCUCUCCAUUGAAGGUGGUCCUAAGGUGAAAACACAGACUGUAGUUGUGACGUAAUUAUUGAAAGGGUGUAUUCUCAUCAACUUUAAACUGGUUCAAGUAGAUGAGAGUUGUUGCUCGUUUGCACCGGUAAAAUCCAGUGAACUCUUAUCAACUCUUGUUCUCAUUUGACCGAGGCAUGAGAGUUUAGAAACUCGUGCGAACUCUCGCAUGCUAACUCUUGUCAACUCUUGUUCUCAUUUGACUGAGCCAUGAGAGUUUAGAAACUCGUGCAAACUCUCGCAUGCUAUCUCUCAUCACCUCUUAUCCCCGUUUGCCCGUGUCUUUAGGAAGCUGGUGACCGAGGAAUUUAUCAUCGUUACUGUCUUGAAAGAUCUGCAGUGCAUGCUGCUCACGUGUUUACAACUGUCUCAUUAAUAACUGCUGAUGAAGCUGAACAUAUGGUGAAGCGUAGACCAGGUAGGCUAUAAGGCAGAAAAUUUUAAUGAACUGAAAUAGAGGAUCAUUUGUGUGGUAAAAUAUGUAAGGGGGUGUGCUAAUUAUCCUUACUUGCAGCUGAGAGCUAAGCUGAAUGGACCUUUCCCCUUAUAACUAAAAUCUCGAUCUAGACAAAAAAUUCAUCACAGCUUGAAAGAGCAUCACAAAAUUAGUAAUAUUCCAAAGUUUCGUUGCAAAAUCUUGUAAAAUGCGGAUAAUAUAGAGAUCGGCGAAGUUUGCCGUUUUUCGGUCAUUUUGUAUUACAAACGGGAAAUUGACGUCCGAUUCGGGUGUUGGGGCUGCAAUUUCCCGUUUGUAAUGCAAAAUGACUGAAAAUUGCAAACUUCGCAAGGCUCUAUUUUCCUCAUUUUACAACAUUUCGCAACGAAACCUGUGUGAUGCUUUUUCAAGCUGUGAUGAAAUAUUUGUCUAGACUUGCCUAGAUCAAAAUUUUGGUUAUAAGGGGAAAGGUCUAUUGCGAAGGACGCAGCUCAACCUGAUCGAGUCGAAAGCUUACUAAGGACGCCUCUGACAGCCACCUUAUGACUCAUUUCUCAUAAUGGAGCACAGCUACGGUGGAAGGGUCAGUUAAGGGUCUAAUCCCAACCCACACUGUCAACAACUCUUUUCACAUCAGGCCAAAUAAAACUAAUACUUGGUUUCAUGUUUCACAGCCAUGUUUUAUAUGGGUAGGUAUGUCGGAAAAACAUUUUAUUUGAAAAAAAUAUUUUAUCUCAAUCAUCGAUGCUGGACUUCUUCAUCAAGUUUAAGCCUGCCACACGGGAUCACCCGCGAGCUACAUGUGUUUCGCGAGAAACUUUUUCCAGAAUAAUGUACGUUUUUAAUAUUUUAUUCAACUGUUCUUUGUGUAAAAGUAUGAUUAACAUGACUAGAUAAUGUUUUAAUUAUAAGCAAACAAAAUAAUUUGUAGACAAAUGAGUAUAUUAUAUUCUGCUUAUUUUUCUCUGCUGGGAAAUGUCUAUAAAAUGUUUAUGGUCGGGAUAUUUUGACAGGUCGGUCGGAAACCUGAAACCAACUAUUAUUUUUAUUUGGCCUCAGUGCCAUUAAUCCGAUGUGAGGACGACCCACAAUCUCAGAGGUGAAGGGCACUUGCUCCGCAGACGAUUGCCCCACCGAAGCCCCCCCCCAAAUGACAGCGAACAAAGUUGGACCCCCACUCUUGCUCGCCAAUAUUUCGCGACGUACCCGUCACUGGUUACAAAAUUUCUUUGGCAUCGUUAACAAGUUUUACAAUCUCCUUUCCAGAAUGCAUACUACCGAAUGGUUUAAAUGUUGUGAAAUACACGUGAGUACUUCUUUCCUUUUGGUUUAAAGAGUCGACAUUUUGAAUUACGUUCUACUGUAUAUUUAAGACUAUAACGUUUAUGCUAGAGGAAAUGUUUUCGGAUUCGUUACGAAUCUGGGGAUUCGUUUUGCCUUUUACACGAAUGAAUCCGAUACAAAAUAAUCACAGAUAUAAUCUAAAUGCGGAACUUUCGAAUCCGGAAAAAUUUGUGGGAACUUCGUAUCCGAAAAAAUAUGAAUCCUGAAAAAACUCGUGUAAACGGCUUUCCGUAAAGAAUCCGAAUUAAUUUGUUCCCGCGCGUGUUUUUCAAAUUUAUUGCUAUUAAAUUUAACCUCCAAACAAGGUCAAAACACCGUACAAUAACACUAACAGGGUUACAAUAAACAAUAUACUUGAAAAACAAGGAAUCCGGAUACUUUUACGAAUCCGAAAACAAAGGCCCGCCCUGCUGGAAGAGGUAGCCAGGAGCGAAACUUCGGGAUUACAACUGGAGGAGUAUUAGUUUCUUUUGUCCAACAGGAAAGACGUGACUGCUGGAAGAAUGGUUAAAACGUCUGGUUAUUUCCAGCAUUUGCCCAUCGAAAAUGGAUUGGUAUGCCCUAAAAUAUGAUGUUUACUAAGACUGGAGGGAUGUCACCCUCCUCCGCACCCCCGUCUGUUUUUUUCGUCGCUGGAGGUAGCCUAAAAUGGUUCUCACAUUGCUUUGAUCGAAACCGUAGUGGUUAAUAGUUUUAUUGUUUCUUUUUACAGUGCAUUACAUGAAUUUCAAAAUCUUCAUGCUAUCGCGAAGGAUAAAAUACACAAAUUUGUGCGAGGUCAUUUUUAUGGGUAAGUUUCUUUCUACUGAACUGCAAUUGCUAAGAGAGGCUCAUGACGUGUUCAUGUGUUAAGUGCUCAGUUUUAGCCCAGAACUGGAUGCAUUGUUACAAGUCGAUCGCUGUUAAAUCCGGCUUAAUGGACCUUUCCCCUUAUAACUAAAAUUUUGAUCUAGACGAAAAUUUUAUCACAGCUUGAAAGAGCAUCACAAAAUUAGUAAUAUUCCAAAGUUUCGUUGCGAAAUGUUGAAAAAUGCGGAUACUAUAGCCUUGCGAAAUUUGCCGUUUUUCAGUCAUUUUGUAUUACGGGUAUCAUUUUGUAUUUUGUAUUAUGGGAAAUUGACAGCCCAAUCGGGUGUUGGGGCAUCAAUUUCCCGUUUGUAAUACAAAAUGACUUAAAAUUGCAAAUUUCGCAGGGCUAUAUUUAAUAUUAUCCGCAUUUUACAACAUUUCGCAACGAAAAUUCAGAAUAUUACUAAUUUUGUGAUGCUCUUUCAAGCUGUGAUGAAAUUUUUGUCUAGAUUUGUCUAGAUCAAAAUUUUAGUUAUAAGGGGAAAGGUCAUAGUUUUCCCUCAAAAUUUCUACAAAACCCUUUGAACAAUCUGUUCUCUAAAAAUUAACGUAAGAGUGGCAACCCUGUUAAAGUUAUUGAGCAAAAGGUAAAUAUUUUGUUUUCUUUCCUGAAUAUAUCACGUCAUCACAUUGCCGCAUUUGGAAUCUUAAUCUCCAUGAUAUAGCCAUGAAUGGCCAUGAUCGUAAUCGUACUGUAGUAUCUUAAAUUAUAUCAAACGUUUCGAUAUUUUAGACACAAUUUUGAUCUGGAUUCUACGCUGUAUCUUUUUUCUGCUGGCAGGUAGUGUUUCAUUUAUAUAUUUUAUCUUUGCUACUCAAGGCCGCCGAGAGGUUGCGCGGGGCCAUUUUUCAAGAUUUGCUUCAAAAUUUAAAAAAGAGCUUUCUUUGAACUUGUUUGCGUGGUCGCCGCGCGUGGAUUACGCGAAUCUUAUCACCCGGGUGAUAUGAUUGAAAUCAUCCGAUACGUCAAAUAUGACUCGGCAUGACUCAAAUAUGAAUAGGCAUGACUCGAUGAUAAAUUUCAUGCUCAUGUGGCACAAACGUAGCUUUUUGAUUGGACACUUUGAAUUUGCACAUUAUCCGGCUCUGACGCAGCUAGGAUUUUAUCCUUGGCUAAGCAAUCUUGUAUCAAGAAAUCUUAAGCGCUUUUGUCACUUGAUAGAGGCCUUUUUUAACUGGAGAAAAAUGUGUCCCUCCCCUCUCGGCAUCACCGCGGCCCAUUAGGCCAAUUAUACGUACAUGUCUUUGCUUUGUUCUUGAUUUUUAGAUAUGAAUAUUUCAAUAAAGGAGUAGAUCUUUUCAUAGAGUCUUUAGCUAGAUUGAAUUACUAUUUGAAGGUACGUACUGUAUAGUGUAAUUAAUUUUUUAAAGACGACGUAUUCAUAGUUUCUGCUUUAUUUUUAAUUUCCAUCUAAGAAUAAACGGCCCUCGCUAAUACACUCAUCUAGUAAACGUCACUCCCUUAAUUAAGCUGCAAAACGUAAGCGCUCUCGGCGUUUGUUUGACAUUUUAUGCUUAUGUUAGUUUUGUGUGUCGAGAAGGAUGGCAUGAUUAGUACGGGAAUAAUUGUAUAUUGCAUGGUUAGGGCUUUUUUAGUUUGAAUAUGUCAUUGUGAACCGGAAAAUAACAUGCGUCAUUGUUUUAAGAGUUGUUUCUAUAACUAGAUUAUCUUCGGUCAGCGACGUUCUUUGAUUCAUAGACCGCGCCAUUCUCUGAAACUAUUGAACGUUUUCUUCAUUACAGUCAACAGGCAGUACAACGACGGUGGUUGCGUUCCUGAUAUUUCCAACUCAAACCAACAAUUUCAACGUUGAAUCAUUAAAAGGGCAAGCUGUGACGAAACAGUUAAGGUAUUGUAGUGCAAGUUAUCAAACCACCAUUAGGUUUUUUUUAGAUCGAGAUAUCUUUUAAGAUUGACGAGACUAAUUAUUGAGUGGCAAAAAUAUGACGAAAUAUUCAGUAAAGCUAAAAAUAUGACGAAAUAUUUCGUACAGUAAAGGAUAUAUUUCAUUCAGUAAACUGGGUAAAGGAUAUAUUUCAUACAUGCAGUAAAAGAAAGUGAAAUAAAAGGUGUGAAAAUAUUUUUGUCCAUGAGCUAUACAUACUUCUUCCUCCGCAGCCCGUAAUUAAUCCGUUUUAGAGUAUGCCCGAUCGCGGGGUGCAUGGGAAUCGAAAUUGGAAGGAAUACGACCUGCUGAAUAAUGUUCGAUUGUAACAACCUUGUCGAAAUUAUCAGACUUGUUGCAAGGUUGUUCUGACAAGUCCGUUACAUUCUUGAUAUAACAAGAUUGUUACAACCUUGUGUUGACAACCUUGUAACAUCCUUGUUAUAUCAUGGCUGUAAUGCAUGGCAUAUUCUUAAAGCCGCACAUAAGGCGUUAUAUAGUAGCGAUUGGCCUCUCUAUGUUGGCCUUGAAAGGUCUGAACACACACGUGUUUUACGGUCUAAUGCUCAAGUCAAUUUAGUUAUAUCUUUAGUUUCUAAUACCUUUCAAGAUUGUUCAGCUUCAUUAUUUAAUUCUCUACCAGCUGAUGUAAAAUCAUGCACAGAUCAUAGAGACUUCUCCAGACAAACUUUUAAUAUUUUAAAGCAACGCUGUCUCACUAUUUAAUUGUAAUGCUUAGGUCUAGGUUUGCAACUUUCUUACUAUUUCCUUAGAUAUUGUAGUAGUAGUUUUAUCAGGUGAAGAGCCAUUGUAUGGAAAUACUGAUAAUAAAUCAUUAUUAUUAUUAUUAUUAUUAUUAUUAUUAUUAUUAUUAUUAUUAACAAACUUGUUGGCACAGUCUUGUAACAAGGCUGAUAAUGCCAUCAAGCUUGUUACAAGUAGUUGUUAAUAGCUUGUUUCAAACUUGUUACAACAAACUGGGAACAAGCAGUGCGAACACAACUUGUUGACAGCUUGUGAACAGACUUGUAACAACUUGUUUGCAGACUUGUUACAAGCUGUACCUCACCAUGCACAAAUCCUUUGUCUCAACUUCAUUUAAUGUUAUUCGUCGUGGUUACAUGUUUCAUCUCAUCUAUCCCUAUUAAACUGUUACACCUUCCCUGAGGUCGUUUUGAACCUCCCCCGAGAAUUUUUGCACCUCCCCUGAAAAGUCAUGCACCUCCCCUUUAGAAAGUUUCAAUGACAAAUAAAAGUGAAAAUUUGACAUUCUUCCUGCUCCGGGCCUGCACCUAAGAAAGUUUUUCUGUAAAAUUGAGACAGUGACAUAGCUAUUCAUCUCUGUAUCAAGCACCAUUUUACUGCAAUAUUUUGAAAGAAACUUUGUAGUAAUUGUAAUGAGCUAGACUGCUUCACCUACCCCACUAUAUCCACCAAAAUCCUGCCUUGGAUAAAAACAUACGAUGACUACUGUUUAAUUGCCAGACCAGAUAUUUUUCAGCGUCACAGAUAUUAUACAUUUUGUACAUUUUUAGGGAUGUAGUGGAUGAAUUGCAAGAUAAAAUCGGCAAGAAAAUAUUUGAGUCUGCUCUUGGGUAUUUUUUUAUGAACAAUUUUAUAUUUUAUUUCGUAACUUCGUAAUGUUAGAAAUACUUAAUUUAAAUUUUACGAAGUGUAUGUAGAGUUGCUCCAAGUCGAUCUCCUUACUCUGAAAUUAUUACAUGAAAUUCCUUACUCUUCUGCAAAGGCUUUACUCCAAAGUCCGAGUAAGCUGUUGACGAGUACUCAAGCUUGCAUGUAGCCUAUAUCAAUAAAAUAUGUACUAACUACACUGAAAUGUUUAUAUCUAGUCAAUUUAACGUUUCAAUUUCUACUAUUUUCGGUACAAUGUAUCGAAUACCAAGUUAGACCUUUUUCCUAUUUAGAGGCAAACUUCCUGUAACGGAUUCAUUGCUUUCACCUGGUGAUGUUAUCAAGUUAAAACGAUGUAUAUACUUGGGGCAGGUAAGACUAAAUCCGGACAGGCAGGGCGGCCGAGACGUUAUGCGGGACAAAAACCCGAAAAAAAACUUGCACAGGUUAUUUAGGCCCCUACUGCGUCCAGAUACGUAGAAAUUGUCCUUUUCAAAGUGCCCUUUUUUGUGAUGAAAAGUGCCCUUUUUGUACAAGCUAUAAUGUUGCUGUAAAUUUGUGAAACAACCGAAACGAUGUGUUACAAUAUGUUACCCUUCAUUGCAUAUAAUCCAGCACUGGCGCAGCUAUGAUUUAAUAUAUUCUCGGUUAAGCACUCUGGUAUCAAGAAAUAUUAAGCGUCGUCGUCGGUUUGGGGGCCCAUUUGAGUUGGGGGCCCCAAACGAAAUGCCACAAUACAUAAAUUCAGUAAUUUGUUUGUCGACCUCGGCAAAAUGUCGCACUGGGGCCUGAACGCGUACCGCCGUUGCUUGAUAUGUAGAUUGUUAGGCACAAUGCAUCGCGUAUACACUUCGCGAAAUAUUUUUGGGGGAGGGGGAUUUCGGUUACCAACAUCUGAAAAUGUAUCGGUUUUUGGAACUUUAACCUAUUUAAAUUUAAUACAAAUUUGCUUGUAUAGCCUACCAAAGCUUUCAUGAUUGUUCAAUUAUUGUUGCAGCUUUGUUGACAAAUUAUUCAGCUUUCAGACAUUAAUGGGGGCUGAUUUUCAGAAAUUAUUGGGUGAGAGAGAGACGGUUGCCCCCUCGUCCUAUGAAAUUCUUUAUAUAAAUGCAUAGAGCUCAUGGAGCGCGAUGCAAAGCUGAUGUUUUAUUUGAUUCUUUCUUCUCAAUUGUGUACUGGGGAACCUGGUUGUUGUAAGUCUACAACUUUCAUUAAACUCGUCCGCUAUGCGAGAUUUUCACGAUUUAGUUUAUCUAUAUUAAAGAUUUGUUUUGUAGAGAGCUGAUCUUCCUCCGGUGGUCACGCAUAAUGUUGUGAAUGAUUCAGCUGACCAAAUAUUAAAUCAUAUUCGUCGUUGUCGCUUGUUCAAUGGAGACUAUGACAGAGUGAAGGUGCGUUUGUUUUGGCAUAAAAUUUUGGGCAUGAUGUUAGUUACGCCAUGUACAUUUUGGGCACGAUGUUAGUUACGCCAUGUACAUUUUGGGCACGAUGUUAGUUACGUCAUGUAUAUUUUGGGCAUGAUGUUAGUUACGCCAUGUACAUUUUGGGCACGAUGUUAGUUACGUCAUGUAUAUUUUGGGCAUGAUGUUAGUUACGCAUCAUGUACAUUUUGGACACGAUGUUAGUUACGCCAUGUACAUUUUGGGCACGAUGUUAGUUACGCCUGUACAUUUUGGGCACGAUGUUAGUUACGUCAUGUACAUUUUGGGCACGAUGUUAGUUACGUCAUGUACAUUUUAGGCACGAUGUUAGUUACGUCAUGUACAUUUUAGGCACGAUGUUAGUUUCACCUCUGUACAUUUUGGGCACGAUGUUAGUUACGUCAUGUACAUUUUGGGCACGAUGUUAGUUACGUCAUGUACAUUUUGGGCACGAUGUUGAUUACGCCAUGUACAUUUUGGGCACGAUGUUAGUUACGCCAUGUACAUUUUGGGCACGAUGUUAGUUACGCCAUGUACAUUUUGGACACGUUGCGCAGUGUGGAAGCGCAGUGUGGAAAAACCUUAGGGCAAAAUACAGUCUUCCUGAAAAUAUGUUUACUGUAGUAGAUCUAUUCGAUUAUUGAACAAAAAUAUUGCUAUGGAACCGUUUCCGUAUAUCUUCUCUAUUUUCUGAUAAGGUUGUUGUAAACUUCGUUUAUUUUUGUAGAUUGUCUUCCAUCCAGAAUUUUUAUCUUCAACAAAUCCUUUGAUUGGUAUGGAGUAUGAAGAAUUUGUCCGUGGUUGUCAUUUAGGAGUAUUUCCUUCAUAUUAUGAACCCUGGGGAUAUACACCUGGUAAGUGUGUCGUCCUCGCUAAAAGAAAAGAUAAGAUUUUUCAAGUUCAUCGACAGUGGAUAAACAGGUUGAACCGUUCCGGGUGUGGUCAAACCCACAUUCAUCUGAUGUAAACUAGAGGGGCUUAACCUUAUGUUAGCGUAAAAUUCAAAGCAAACAUCCUGACUGUUUGUCUAUAAAUUUUUGGGAAUAUUUCAUCAGAGACCUUGCCUGGAUUUAUAGGAGUUUACUUCUCUGAAGUUUUGAAAUAAACAGACGUGCAGAAAUAUACAAACUAAAACAGCAGGUUAAAUUUUAACCCAGGGUUAGCGCUAACCCACCUUUCAACAACCGGCCCCAGGAGUGUAAGUGGCUUGACCAACGAUUUUCCAUGGGCGAGGGAUAUAAUGCAUAAGAUACGAUUAAUUGUAAUCUGAUUGCUACCGACGUAGUCGAAGACAAAACAUAACGGAUAUUUUCUGUGUUGGUGUAAUGUACUCAGGUGAAUAAGAUGCUUGUGAUGUUACUCUGAGUGUAUAUCCACACCGGGCAGGCUUGAAAAAUAUGCCUGGCCACGGUGGGAUUCGAACCUACGACCCUUGGAAUACUAGCCCAGAUGGCAGAGCAUUGGGCUAGUAUUCCAAAGGUCGUAGGUUCGAUUCCCACCGUGGCCAGGCAUAUUUUUCAAGCCUGCCCGGUGUGGAUAUACACUAUAUCACAAGCAUCUUACUCACCUGAGUACAUUACACCAACACAGCAAAUAUCAUGAUUAUAUUAGAUUACAUUGAUAUCGAAGGAACUAGACUCAGUUCCGAAAUAUCACAUACUCGAACCGACCUGACCGCGUAGCUCAGUCGGCAGAGCAUUGGCCUAGUAUUCCGAAGGUCCCUACGUUCGACUCCCACCGUGGCCAGGUAUAUUUUCAAGCCUGCCCGGUGUGGAUAUACACUCAGAGUAACAUCACAAGCAUCUUACUCGCCUGAGUACAUUACACCAACACAGCAUAUAUCAUGAUUAUAUUAGAUUACAUUGAUAUCGAAGGAACUAGACUCAGUUCCGAAAUAUCGCAUACUCAAACCGACCUGACCGCGUAGCUCAGUUGGCAGAGCAUUGGGCUAGUAUUCCGAAGGUCGUAGGUUCGAUUCCCACCGUGGCCAGGCAUAUUUUUCAAGCCUGCCCGGUGUGGAUAUACACUCGGAGUAACAUCACAAAUAACGGAUGUUACCAUAAUAUUAGAGAGGUUCAUAUUUUGAUUUUCUAUACCGCUACCAUUAACCAAUCGGAUGCAUUUAUUCUACCCGAUUAACCAAUCAAAUGCUUUUUAAACCUGUAAGUGGCAGUCAUAGUGGAAGUCAAACCUGAAGCUCUCUGUUAUUAAAACGACUCUUCCUUUUUCUAGCCGAGUGUACGGUAAUGGGAAUACCAUCUGUAUCAACCAACUUAUCAGGAUUUGGACGUUUUAUGGCCGAGCACAUUGCAGACCCUUGCUCGUAUGGUAUAUAUCUCGUAGAUAGAAGAUUUAAAGACGCUGAAGGCUCUAUUACACAGUUAACUGAGGUAUCAUAGUACUGUAUUUGCAUUUGAUAGGUCAUUUGGACAUGUGCUGACAAUCUCUGGUGAAAAGCAUACAUAAAAAAGCAAUUCAAGAAUCAAGUCUCUCAAGCACUUAUCUAGCUCAGCAGGGUCUUAGCUAGAGGGCCGUGUUGGCCGUGUUAUCGCGGCCAAAAAGGGAAAAACACGGCUAGAUAAAAUGAACGCGGUUUCAUUAUUUAUAUAAGGCCGUGUAGGUUCAUAAAAUAACAGACAGAAUUUCUUCCUAUUCACUGUACUUUGUAAGAAAGUUUGUAAAAUCUAUGGUUAUUGUUGAAAUUGACGAAAGUGAUCUGCAUGUGAUGUUUUAAUGUUUUGGUGGAUAAUGGGAACUGUAUGGUGUUAAAAUGGUUUUAAAUACCCCCAAGAGUUGCUGAAAAAACUUAAUAUUUUAAUGUCAGUGCGUAAUAUGAGCUUAUACUCUCCUUGUAUUUGGUUACAAAGCAUAGAACAACCACAGUUAUUGCCUGUUGUUGACGAGCAUAACUAGAACCGUGAUGUGCACACCCUGGUCAUUUAUAAGAAACACGCCCAAGAUCGAAAAUGCUAGCUAAGACCCUGUAUCUCAGUCUUCAUUGUAGUUUAAUUUACAGUGUAUCUGAAUUGUGUAUAAAUCUCUCAUUUUUAAAUAUGUAGCACAUGAAGUCAUUUUGUUUGCUAAGUCGUCGGCAACGAAUCAUUCAAAGAAAUAGAACUGAACGACUGAGUGAGCUGCUGGACUGGAAAAGCCUCGGAAAGGUAUAUCUUCAAAUUUAUUACCGAAUAACUUUUUUUUGUAUUUAUCUCAUCAAUAAACUCUUUUGACAAACAAUGAUUUUUCGCGCAAAACAACGUUUGAUUCUCAAAAAAAGUGGUGAAAACGAUUUAAAAUAUCACAGUAACAGCAUAAAAAUGUUAGAAAAGUUAUUCAAUUUAACCUACUAAAGUUGCAACACAAAUGUCAAAAGUUCUGCUUUUUGUACUUUAUUCGUGUAUUUAAAUAAUACUCAGAUAUCUGCUAGCAGAUUUCCAUAUUUAGCCGUAAGCUAUUGACCAAUCAGAAGGCACAUAUUGACUGCAAAUAUGUCUCAUAAUUCAAUAUUUGCUGGGCUAUAGUAUUUUUGCCUAGACUUCGCUUUUUGCCUGGUGUAUCAAUUGCUGACGCGAGCCAAGUAUAAUAAAAAGAUUAUUACACUCUGUAUUGUGACACUACAACACCCAUAUAUAGUUUUGUUUUGGUGUAUGUUUAGAAUUACGUGAAAGCAAGGCGGAAGGCGUUAUCUAUAAUCUGUCCUGAAAAAUUCCCUGACGAAAUUGAGGAAGAAGACGAAGUUCGACAUCAGGUUUGUCUCGCACACUUUUCUUACGUUUUCAGGGAGGAUUAGUGCGAUGGUUAUUGCGCUUCCUGCUUUUAAUAUUAGAGACUUUGACUGAAGAGAACAAAAGACGGACUUGACAAUUUUUGGCCGUCUGCGCAUUAUCUUGCCCAUAUUGAGUUUAGGCUCAGCGGUGAUUGUAAGUUUUUUCAAUGAAGGCUGGUUAUAGCCUUCUCCACAGGCAUGCAUGGCCGUUAGAUUGACGGGUAGAAUUUGCUUGCAGGCAAAAAAUCACUGACUUUGUAAAGUAAGUGAACCACGAGAUGCCUGCGGAGGAGGCUAGACAGGUUAUAGAUUUAUGUCCCACUGAAUACUGACCAUAAUCCUUACUCUGAACCAGACAAAACAGCGAGACAUGAAUCCAUACCCCGUAAGUAAAAUUGUAAAUAAAAUAAAGUUGAUCAUCGUCUUCGUUCUUCUGCCUUCCUUCAAUUCGUCGUGAAAUUCGUAGUGAACGAAGGCAGAAGAACAAAGGAGGGAUAAGUUUCAGGAGAGAUAAUGAGGGAUAAUGAGGGUAAUAAUGAGUAAUAAUAAGGUUUAAUUAUUAUUAUUUUAAUGAGGGAUAAUGAGUUUCAUGUCUUGAUGUUUUGUCAAGGAAAGGUAAGGAUUAGUUAGGGUCAAUAGUCAUGCCAGGAAUCAUUAAACAAGAAUUAUUUGUUAAUGACAUUUUGUGUUUCUUUACUGUAGUAUUUCAGAUUUCCACGACCUAGUUCCCAACCUCCUUCCCCAACUGCAUCAAGCUAUGGAUCAGAUGAUGAGGAAGAUGAAAGGCACAGAUUGUACAGUGAAUGAACCAUUGCACUUCAACACUAUGGUAUAUCUAAGCCAUAUCUGAGCGGUAGAACUUGCUGUAAGACCCGUUUACACUAGAGCGAAAGGUUUUGGAUUCAUCACGAAACUGAAACGUUUUAGAACCGGAUUCAUGUUAUGUUUGCGAUGUUACUCUGAGUGCAUAUCCACACCGGGCGAGCUUGAAAAAUAUGCCCGGCCACGGUGGGUGUUUGCGAUUGGUAUUGAAGGAACUAGAUACUGUUCCGAAAUAUCACUUACUCGAACCGUCCUGACCACGUAGCUCAGUUGGAAGAGCAUUGGGCUAGUAUUCCAAAGGUCGUAGGUUCGAAUCCCACCGUGGCCGGGCAUAUUUUUCAAGCUCGCCCGGUGUGGAUAUGCACUCAGAGUAACAUCGCAAACAUAUUAUUCACCUGAGUACACAACACCAACACAGAAAAAAAUUCGGAUUCAUGUUGCCGUUUACACACGCAGCGACGAAUCCGAUAGUAAAUAUUCUCGCUUUCGUGCCGUGUCCGGAAACUUGAAUCCGGAAAAGUUUGUGGGAACUUCGUAUCCGGAAACAUUUGAAUCCGAAGAAAACUCUCGUGUAAACGACUUUCCCUAAAGAAUCUGAAUCAAUUUGUUCCGGUGGUAUGUUUUUCAAAUUUAUUGCUAUUAAAUUAAACCGCUAAACAGGGUCAAAACGUCGCAUAAUAUCACUAAGAUGGUUAAAAUUGUUUACUUUAUAUUGACCAUCGCUGUGUCGGCCUGUCCCGACGGAUCCGUACACUUGAAAAACAAGGUAUCCGGAUACUUUUACAAAUCCGGAAACUUUUGCUCUAGUGUAAACGUAGUCUAAGUUCUAUCAUGUAUACCACUUGAUAGUCACCCAGCAGUUAUCACAAUAAGAAAAUACUCGACACUUAAGGUUGCUUUCCAUGCAGUUUAACGUUUUUCAUACGUGUGUGCAAUCCAUUUAAAAAUUUCCUAUGAAAUAAUGGACAACUUGCAUGUUAGACUAAAUUUUAAUCUAAUUAAGUAAAGAGAAAGGAAUCACACACGACAGUUAAAAAGAACAUAAUGAAAUUAGUAAAACUGCAAAAUUUGGUUGCGAAAUGUUGUAAAAUACAGAAAAUAAAUUAUUUUCAGUAUAUUUGUAUUACGUGCGAAAAUUGUUACCAUUUUCGGCUCAAAAAUGGUAACAAUUUCCGCACGUAAUACAAACAUACUGAAAAUACGCAAACUUCACAAGGCUAUAUUUUCUGCAUUUUACAACAUUUCGUAACCAU